UACGUUUUUGUCUCUCUGAUUAAUAACGAAUUAACGAGUUGUACAUAAUCACGUCUUGUUCGAGUUUACGUCAAAGCGUAAUGUGUCACACGUCCUUGUAUCUCAAGGCUCGUUAUUUUGUCCGAUUUCCCCCCCCCCCCCAAUAUUAAUUUAUAUAUAUUGACUUUGCGCCAUAAUUGAUCGACUCGCAAGCAAUAAUUGCAACACCCCAAGCCCGCAGAUCCCAUGAGCAAGCGGUUCUCACACGUACAUCCCCGACAUUUUUCACGACGUAAAUUAUAGAAGAUAGAUGAAAAAAAUUGUAAAAUGGCACCCUUGAGAAAGCCCGGGGAAGCCAAAAUUCGACAACGAUCACGGUACUCUCUUCCUUGUUCUCUCGGAGUCGCGUGUUCGACCUCCAGCUCGAACGUUACGUUAGAUCCAUUUUUGAAAAUUGGACAAUUUCAUUGUCCCCAGAGCCAGAGCGUUCCCCUGCCUCCGAUAUAUAUAUAUAUCUCUCUUCUGAUCACUCACAAAUCCACGAUCACUCACGAUCCUUACGACUGAAUUAUUCAACCUGAAUUAUUUAAGACAGUCAUGGGAUUCCUCUCGCUACUCUCAUUAAUGCCUUCGCUGAUGCGGUGCGCACUUUGGUGUCUUCUUUCUAUACGCUUGCACAUUAUUGUCGCCUUACUAUUUGCCUCUUCUCUUUUUCUUUUUUCUUUUUCUUUCUCUCUUCUCGCACCUCAGCCACCCUCCUCCCCUCUCGUCCCGCUCUAUUUCUGUUUAUCCGACCAUGCAUCUAUCUGUCUGUCUGUUCCGCCCAUGUGUUGUCUGUGUGUGUAUACGUGCGACGAGCGGCAUUGAAUAAUAUGCACUACGGGAGAGAAUGGAUGGAGUUGUAAUUAAGUAGUGGAGAUAUGGACGUGAGAAUCGCGUAUGGAGUUCUGGGGGAUCUCGCGAGAUCUUCCAGAGAGCGAGCUCAACCGUCGUGAUUUAAAGAGAGUUACUUUUCUUUUCACUCCGGCCUCCUUCAGGGAAUCUGGCGAGAAUCCCGAGUUUAUGAAGAGGCAAGAACAGAAAAGAAGCGACCUUGACGAACAGCUCAAAGAAUACAUAGCGGAAUGGCGAAAGCAGAGAGCCAAGGAGGAAGAGGAGUUGAAGAGAUUAAAGGAGAAGCAAGCCAAGCGCAAGGUCACCCGCGCGGACGAGGAGAAGAGAUUGGCUCAGAAGAAGAAGGAAGAGGAGGAACGUCGCCAACGUGAAAUCGAGGAAAAGAAACAACGUGACAUCGAAGAGAAGAGAAGGCGCUUGGAGGAAUCGGAAAAGAAGCGACAGGCUAUGAUGCAAGCGAUGAAAGACCAGAGCAAAGCGAAGGGUCCAAACUUUACCAUCACCAAGAAAGAUGCUCUUGCGGGUAAUCUUACAUCGGCGCAACUCGAGCGUAAUAAGACGAAAGAGCAGCUCGAAGAGGAGAAGAAGAUCUCCCUUAGCAUUCGCAUCAAGCCUUUGGAAAUCGAAGGUCUGUCCAUUGACAAGCUCCGUACUAAGGCUACCGAAUUGUGGGAGGCCAUAGUUAAACUUGAAACCGAAAAGUACGAUUUGGAAGAGCGACAAAAGCGUCAAGAUUACGAUCUUAAAGAGCUGAAGGAACGUCAGAAACAACAACUGAGGCACAAAGCCUUGAAGAAGGGUCUCGAUCCCGAGGCUUUAACUGGCAAAUAUCCCCCGAAAAUCCAAGUUGCCUCGAAGUAUGAACGUCGCGUCGAUACCAGGUCCUACGACGACAAGAAGAAACUUUUCGAAGGCGGCUAUGACACGCUCUUAGCGGAGAUCAGCGAGAAAACGUGGAAACAGAAAACUGAACAAUUUAUGAAGCGCACCAAAACGAAGUUACCUAAGUGGUUCGGUGAGCGACCGGGCAAGAAGCCUGGCGAUCCCGAGUCACCGGAGGGCGAGGAAGACGUGAAGGCCGCCGUCGACGACGACCUCGAGGAGCCCCAAUUCGACGAGGAAGAGGAGGAGGAGGUGAAGGAGGAAGGCGAGGAAGAGGAGGAGGAAGAGGAGGAGGAAGAGGAGGAGGAGGAGGAGGAGGAAGAGGAGGAGGAGGAGGAGGAGGAAGAGGAGGAAUAAACUUUCUGAUUCGCUUCGGCGCGUAAAUGGAUGUUAAGGAAAAUUUCAAAAAAAAAUGAUCGUUGCACAGCAGUCUCUCGUUAACACUUUUCGAACAAAGGGAUCGAGCGUAGUCCGUAGUGGCCGAGUCGGUAGAAAUAUGCCUACAACGUCGACAGCGUCUUUCAUCAUCGACUUCCGGGAAAGCCAGGGGCUCAGUCGGGCUCCUCUCCGAGAUUCGAACGGACGACGAAUGUUGCUUCCGUAGUAAAUAUCAUUAUACUACCGCAUUGCGUCACUUGUACGGCCGCUACUGCUACUCUACUAUUAUCUAUUAUAAAACUACUACUCCUCUAUUGUUACUACUGCUACUACUACUUCUCUACUAUUAUUACUAUUAUUAUUAUUAUUAUACUGUACAAAACGCAGGCACACGGAUUAUUAAAAUAAAAUGAUUUA